UGGGAUGAGAGAGAGGGCGGGCAGUGCGGUCCAGCCAAAGCCGCUGACGCCACUCGAACAACGGGACCGAAGGAGCUGCCUGUUUUUUCUCCGGUCCGGCGGUGACAGCGGCGCACUUUGACGCCUAAACAGCCUUGGGGGUUUAUUUAAAAAAAGACAAUCUGUUGGGAGUGCCAUACAGAAGAUUAAAGACGAAUACAACUGGCGGCUAACAAUAACAACAAAGGGAGUAAAAGAGAGGGGAAAGUAGAGCAAGAGAGGGGAUUUAUAUUCUCUAAAAGUUGUGAAAAUAUCCUGCUGAGCUGCGUACUUUGGCACAGCAGACAUGGCAGAUGCAGAGCUGGAUUUCCAGACAGGCGAUGCCGGGGCAUCCGCCACUUACCCCAUGCAGUGCUCCGCCCUGCGCAAAAAUGGCCAUGUCGUGCUUAAAGGACGACCCUGCAAGAUCGUUGAGAUGUCCACCUCUAAGACAGGCAAGCACGGCCACGCCAAGGUCCACCUGGUCGGCAUCGACAUCUUCUCCGGGAAAAAGUAUGAAGACAUCUGUCCUUCUACCCACAACAUGGAUGUGCCCAACAUCAAGAGAAUGGACUACCAACUGAUUGGUAUCCAAGAUGGCUAUCUGUCCCUGCUCCAGGACAGUGGGGAGGUUCGAGAGGACCUAAAAAUCCCUGAGGGCGACCUGGGCAAAGAGAUCGAGAACAAACACGACAACGGCGAGGAGAUCCAGGUGACUGUUCUCAAUGCGAUGGACGAGGAAGCCGCCAUCGGCAUCAAAGCCUUGGGUAAAUAGGGACUUGCACUGGACACCUGUGGGGGGUGGGGAGAAAAGGGAGGGACGCAAUUCUCUGUCUUUUUCCUCUUUCUUUUCCCCCCACACUUUCUCAUGGGUCAUUUUUACAGAUGUAUUAAUUAUGACAAAUUAUUUGAAGGUGGAUUAUGAGAUCGAGCUAACCCUUUGUGGCACUAAUGUUUUUUUAAUAUCAUAAGGGCUUUAUCCGAAGAUUUGCUCAUUUUAUGUUUAGCACUUAUUUUAUUGCAAUUUAUUUGAAGUUGGCCCUUAUAUCUUCCUCCUCUUUUUUUACUCUCUGCAACAUCAAUGAUCACAACAAUGCCAACACAGUAAAAUCAAAGUAUCAGGUUCAUCCUCCUUAGAAAUAAAGCAUUACAUUUUAAAAUAAACAAUUACUGGUCAUUUAUGACAACUAAUAUCAUUUUGGGAAAACAAUACUCAUUAAUAUAAAUAUAUUUAAUAUUUGUUCAUUAAUUAUUUUUUAUUAUAACUUUUUUUUUAAAGGCAUUUUAAACUUUAUAAUUAAGAAAAUAAGAAAUAAUAGAUCAUUUAACAAAAUUAAUAUAUAAACCAAUAUUUUGAGAAAAAUAUUUGAGCUUAGCUUUUAAAAUUCCAUAUUUUGCCGUGGAAUCCAGUUUUUGUUUUCUUUCCCGUUUUGUUUGUUUCGCCACUGAUCAAGCAUCUGUCCGCAGCACUCGGGUGUGUGGGCUCAUCAAAGGAGUGUAGCAGUGUCAUGUUACGUCAUUACGUUGACUAAAAAUAUAUCACUAAUUUUGUGUAAACAUAUUGACAAAUAAGAUACUUAUUAUAAUAGUGAAGAAGAAGAAUACUGUCUGGAACAUCAAGGAAGAAAUUCUUCAAAAAUGUUUCACCUCGAAACUACAUGACAGCGCCCAGAAUUUAUUUUAUUCAAAUGUUGGAAAUUAUUCAAGGUUCCUCACGAGGAAAACUUAGAAUGUAUUAAAUCUAUAAACCGCUAUAAAAUGGUACAAAAGUGAGUCGAUGGCGAGUUAUUGUGAUGUAGACAAAUCCCAUAUUUCUACCAUUUUUCCCAGGAGAUUUGCCAUUUUAUUUUGAAGUGCUAAUGUUGAUCAUACUUGCCAACCCUCCCGAAUUUUCCGGGAGACUCACGAAUUUCAGUGCCUCUCCCGAAAAUCUCCGGGGGCAACCAUUCUCCCAAAUUUCUCCCGAUUUCCAGCCGGACCUGAGUGAGGACAGCCUGUCGUCAUGUCCGCUUUUCCUCCUUAUAAACAGCGUGCCGGCCCAGUCACGUUAUAACAUCUACGGCUUUUGGAGCUCAGUGCGCAACUGCACACACAACAAGAAGGAGACUAUAUAUUUCUCCGUUAUCCAUAGGUUUAUCUAUAACCCAUAAAGAAGGCAGGCACGGAGCUAUUUCUCACCGUGUGUUUAUUCCAGCCAGCACGUUAAUACACUGACACACAACAUCCGGAUUCCCAUCAUGCAUUGCUUCAAAACUACGGCAAGUAGUAAUGUCCAAAACCAUAACAGAGACGAAGCAGAAGAACGAAGAAGAGACAGUCAUGGCGACGACGAGUAAGAAGAAGAAGUACGCUUGCAAGUUCCAAAAUGAUUGGAAACAAGAAUUUCAGGUCAUCCAGGACAGCUGGAAGGGGAAGGGGUAUGCUAGGGAGAGAUGGAAGAUUCCAGACUCUGGUGCAUUUGAUGAAGGCACUUUUGUGCGUGCCACAUAGCAAUGCAUCAUCAGAGAGGGUGUUCAGCAUGGUUAGAAAGAUAGUGACAGAGAAUAGAACGAGGAUGGACAAUUCAACCCUAAACUCAUUCCUUUCCUGCAAAUUUCACAGCAGCUGCUCAUACCUUUGCUCCUUCAAAGGCUGUGCUACUGGCUGCAAAGCAUUGCACUUCAAAUACAACAAUGAGUACAGGAGUGUUAUGUGUGUAUAUGUGUAAAUAAAUGAACACUGAAAUUAAAGUAUUUCUUUUAUUUCUAUAUGCCCACUGCUCCCCUCACCUCCCAGGGGGUGAUCAAGGGUGAUGGGUCAAAUGCAGAGAAUAAUUUUGCC